AUUUCCUUGGUCAGAAAACACGGAAAUUGAAAGUCAACAUACCUCCAGCGCCCGCUCCGCCUCGGCCCGCCACCGUAAAACUUAAUCCAGCUGGUUGCAGAGCCCAGCUGAGGAAGCCGUAAUCACCACUUUGAACCAACCUUUUCCGGGGGAUCACCGCCGGCGUUGUUUCAUCUGCCCGAUUUGCUCAGCCACCGCGAUUCCCAGAUGGCUCCUCCUUCUUCCAUUUCAUCCUCCAGUACACUCAUCAUUCAACCGACUGGGUUUGAUUAAACUUUUGCUUGAAAAUUAAUUGAAGAUUCAAAAUCUGUAUUUGAAUUGCUUCCACAAAUAAUUCCCUUGGUUGUGAUCUAUUUGUCAAAUGUCUACAUCCGGGGAUGGUGAUUGUUCUGUUUUCUCUGAAGAAUUGAUUUGGGAAAUCUUGAAAUGGAUUCCUGUUAAGCCUUUGAUGAGAUUGAAACGUGUCUGCAAGCUUUGGUUGUCCAUUAUUCUGAACCCAUCAUUUGCCAGGACUUAUCAGGGCGGUUUCAAAGGUCUACUCCUUACUGGCCAUGAAAGCAGGGAAUACACAAACCGUGAUUUCUAUUAUUUGAUGUUGAUGGAUGGCGAUAAUGAUGGCGGUCUAUCAGCUUUCAUCUCCAAUCACCACACCAUGGAUCUACCUUUAGUCCGAGGUACGCGAUCCACUGGUCCUGUUAAUGGCCUUGUAUGUCUGUAUCAUGGCGAGUUUUCGUGUUUAUACAACAUUGCCACAAGAGAAAGCUUGGUUCUCCCUGUUCCAAUGUUGAGAUUUAAUUCGUGCGAGUACUAUCUUGGUUUUGAUCCCUCUAACAAAUUGUACAAGGUGCUGAAGACGAGCCCUAUCUACCGGCGUGGUUUGGGACUUUCUUUCUUACACAAUCUGGACAGUGAGAUUCUAACUAUAGGUGUUGAUUGGUCGUGGAGACGCAUUGACCCUGCACCUUGGGAGUUAAGAUCCUUGGGUUACUGCAAAGACGGUGUUCUGUAUUGGGACGAAGAAGGAACUCGCACGAUGAAAACAGGACGCCAUCUUCUUAGCUUUGAUCUCGCUCGAGAGAAAUUUGAAUUGGUUGAUAAACCUGAGGAAAAGGUGUAUUGUGCAUUGUUGUCUGGGCCAAAGAUAGCUCUUGUAUCAUAUUAUAGGCCACCUAUACACACAAAGUUGAUCACUUUGCUCUGCUACAAUGAUGAUCAUCUUGUUGGCAAUGGCAAACAGGCCUCAUUGUCAAUGGGGAAUUGGACAAAACAUGAAUUUGACGCAUCAACAUCUGAAGAGCUUUCUAGUUUCCGUGCUGUAAGUACACUCCCCAAUGGAAACGUGAUUUUGAUACAUAAAUUUGCCUGGCGAUGGAAUUCUUUGGUGCCCGUUCCCUUCUACAUAUAUCAUCAGACCAAGAUGGAGCUAAAAAAGUGCUUCAUAUCGCAGUGUCCUUCACCCUCUAUUGUACAACGCCACAUUGAUGACCGUCAUCGGUUUUUCAAUGCUUCAUAUUACGAGGAAAAUAUCACCCGAUUGCGCUCCUUAGGCUCCAGGGUGUAACUGAGGAGACUAGGACGCAUUCAAUUCUUUCAAUGAAGUAUGAUGGCUCGGGAAGGCUUAGGAAAGCAGCGACAAUAUCAGUAUAUCAUCUCCAAUGAAUUCCUGGACUUCUCUCGCUGAAAGCCUAUCAGUAGGUGUCACUUGUUGGCAUAACGAUGCAAUGACUACAAUCUUUCUCUUUGCUACCUCUUCGUCUUCAUAGAUUACUUUGGGGAAGUUGGUGGGCUACAUAGAAUUUGAUAUUCCGGCUUUCAGUUUUCUGAAGAAGUGGAGUUACAUUUGGACUUUCAAACUUCUAGCAGAUGUUGUAUAUAUUAUAUUGUUUCUUACCGUCAUUUUCACUCUAGUUUCUAUCCAUUCCUGCAGUUGAAGUCCAAGUCUUUUUCAAAUACUUCCAUCUAUGCAGCUUACAUGGAUAAACCAUUUGUUUUAAUACUCAGAGCCUUGCAAGUCAAAAUUUACAUUCUGACCUAGAACUUUUCUGCAGUGACUGCAGCGAUUCCAGUUGCUGAAGUCAUUCGAAUUUGCUCAGUCACAACGCACAUUUUCAUACUAAUAUAUUUAGCUGAUAAUACUACAUUGUGAUCCCUGAUAGGUGAGCAUGGAGAAAAAGCCGAGAGGAGUGCAGGCAGGGCGGGCUGUCUUAAAAGCGUACAGGUGAUUCUGCUGCCAAAUGGCAUUUGUGGUGUCAGCAAAGAUUAUACUCCCUCUGAGCUCAAAAGUGACAUAUUAGUUGUUUCUUUUGGAUUUCCUAAUGAGGUUUAAACUAGCUUUUGUUUAGAGUUUUGUAACAUUGAAUAUUUAGGACCAGCAGUUCUCAUAUAUGGUUAUGGUCUGAAUCUUUUUAAUUCCAGAUUUAUCUAGACUUUAUCCGGCAUCAAGUGUUCUGAUUUCCAGCUUAAGAACUAACCCCGCUUUAAAGUUAGUAACGCUGUGGAAUAACUUGCUCCUACAUACGCCAUCUCUGUCCAGCUCCUUCUGAUCUCUCUGCUAAUAGCACAAAACAACUCUUCCAGGCAAAAGGCUCCUAUCAGUUCAGUGAAAAGACUCAUUCAGAGGCCGAUUAUGUGGAAGAACCCUAUCUGUUUCCGUAAAACUGACAAAAGGAACCCGGGCGGCCUAUUCUUGUGGUUAGAUUCUGAUUAGGGCUUUGUUAGUUGUUCAUCAGCUCUGUCCGGUGUUCAGCUAUAAUUGCAGUAGAGAUUGUUUCCCAAAUAAUGGUCCUAAAAUUGGCGGUAGCAAGUAGCAACAAUCAAUACAUGUUUCCUCUUUCCGUACAACACUUAAAAGGUAAAGUUAGUUUGCGUGGGGAUCAACUUCAUCUUCACAUCAAAUGCUUGAAAAGAGGCUUGUUAAUUACUAAUUAGCCACAUUUUGCAGAUGAGAAUCUGCCGUUGAAAUUGCGUCUUCAGUACAGGCAAAAUGCGAA